AUGGCCCAAAACAUCGCUUCAGCAAUCGACGACCUAAGGCUACAAUCCGUUCCCAAUACGAUCGACGAGCUCCCUGAAAUUCGUGGACCCUUGACAGCGUUCAACUCCAUUACUAACGGGCUUGCAGAUGUAUGGGCGUUUAUCUCUAUUUUGUCCAUCUUCCAUAUAUUCACCCUUGCAAACCGCGAUGAUGCUGUGUUCCGUCUGCUCAUGAAGAUCUUGGACGUCUAUGCUUUCAUAAUGGAAAAGGAGGUAUUAAGCAAGAUACGAUCCAUACUACUAGAGAUAUGUUUACGACCAGUACUUAAUGUCAUCCCUAACGUCCAUUCGCUUUUCCACGAAGCCCCCGUUGAACACCUCGACGUUGUUUACUGGUGCGACGGGAUUCUUGGUCAGGAUAUUCUCAUCGCCAGAUCGGCAUCCCUGCAAGAAAUACAGUACUGCAAUCCUUUGAGAGAGCCAACCCACGAAUUCCGCAUUGUCUACUUCACCAUCUUCUUAGACGGCAUAACUUCAAAAUGGGAGAGUCAAGAUAUGACUGGUACUUCAAGGACGAAAGUUUGGGAUUUUUGCCUAUGCACAACCCCGUCCCCGCUCCACAUUCGAGUCAACUCGGACCACAUCCAAGCUUGUACGUCAGGAAUAUGCAAGAAAUCAGCCAUGAACCGCGUCAUGGUGCCCAGUUUUGGAUCGUGGAGUGGACUCAAGCCCCUACCAGAAAAACAGCAUGGAUCCUACAAAGUCAUCAACACCCUCAAUGAUACGCACUGUAUGACAACACCACAAUUUGCUACAAUCAUCGAGGCCGUUCUCCCCGGUCAAGGCUGAAACAGGUGGAAAAGAGACUCCUGGAAAAGAUGUAUGUGAGCAAGGUACACGGUUAGGUAGGAUACCAUCGCACAAUCUCCGUGAUGAUCAGGAGGCAGUGAGGGAUAAGUACCACAAGUCAUGUGUUCCUUUUAGUAUCCUGAAGUUUCAACCAAUCACUGCUGAUAUCACGCAGGGAAUUACGCAGCUUAAUAAAUUCAUAUCAACAUUCACAGUGCAGAAGUUGAUGAGUGGCCAUGAGGGAAGUAUAUGCUCCAGACAUCACUGAUCGAUGAUCCUCCAACGGUUUUUCUUUUUUGUGUAUGUAAGUAGUCUGCACUCCACACAAACAAAAUAU